UGAUCCAUCCGACGGGCCUUCGGUCUCUCAGCUUGACUUGUCUGGCAAGGUUCCGCCUGGUGUGUGGUUGCCCAGGCCGAGAGACUGCGAGCCAGGGGUCGUAGUGCUGAGCACUUUGAUAUGCCGAUCUGCGGGCAGACUUGCCGGCAUCUGACCUGCUGGCACUCACACCUGCCGACUCGCAGAUCGUCACAGCCGCUGCUGCCGCAUUAUUUGAUCCGUCUGUCGAUUCCUCUAUCGAUCCAUCCGUCGAUCCAGCCAACCCAUGUCCGUGUUCAUCGGCACUGAAACCGCCAUUGCCGGCGCUGGUCUGCUUGCACUGGCUCUGGCCAGCCUCCGCCUGAGCCCGGCCCGGCCCUCGUCCUCGUCGUCCUGGUACUUUCCUGUCUCCCAGAGCGAAGACGAUGCUCCGCACAGUCCCUGGAGCCACGACAGCUCCCCCGAGCUCGAUCAGUACAACCUCGAGUUUUAUGAGCGUACCAGGCGCUGGCGCAUCCUCGACGGCGUCCUGGUGCUUCUGUCGCUGCUCUUCGGCGGCAUUGCCGUCCACGGCCUGUAUCUGGACUUGCUCAGGUCCGGCCGCGUCGAUCUCUCGCUUCUGCCCGAUGCCGUCUGGGUCAUUGUCUCGCUGGCCUUGGUCUACUACAACGGCUUGCUGGCAACCUGGCCUCGCGAGAUUGCCGAUGCCGUCGAAAACGACGCCCCGAUCUACUACCGUUUCCAGACGGUAUACUUUGUGCUGGUGGUCGAUGGCAUUGCGGCCCUCGUCUCUCCCGACCAGAGGUCCGAGCCAUCUGGAGCAGGCACUUUUGAUGCUCUGAAGGUCGCUGGACUGGCCAUCGCCCUCCUGCUCUUCUUUGCCGAGCCCGUGCGCCAGCUGUUUCGACCCAUCCGCACGCAGUUCUCCAAGCGAGUGCCGUCGAAGGAGCGCUCGGCCUCGCUCUUUGCUCUCCUUACUUUCAGCUGGCUCGGCGACCUGAUCUACCUGGGCAACCAGCGCCAGCUUGCACCGGGCGACGUGUGGGAUCUGGAUCCGUCCGAGAAGACCGAGACGGUUUACAAGAUUUAUGAGAGAGUCAAGCCAAAGUACAGGACCUUGUGGAUCCGCUUGUUCAUGAGCACCUGGAAAACGAUCGUGAUGAACGUAGUAUGGAACGUUGUCGCCACUAUACUAUCCCUCGCUGGUCCCCUCUUUCUCAACGCCAUCCUCAACUGGAUGCAGUGUCCCCAUGCCAACUCGUACACCGCUUGGGGCUAUCUCCUGGGCUUGUUCUCUUGUUCGAUCAUUCAAGCCAUGCUCAACGGACAAAUGUACUUCAACGGACGACGAACCGGCACCCGUUUGCGAGCCAUCCUGAUCCGCGAGAUCUACGAAAAGUCGCUGCGCCGUCCAGCAACCGUCGGCCAGUCCUCGCAGGGCACCGGCGAUGGCAAGAGCGAGCCAGGCCAGCAAGACGCAUCGCUCGGCAAGAUCGUGACGCUCAUGAGCUCCGACACCGAAACCAUCCGAAACAUGGUUUGCUACAUUCACGUGCUCCUCGAGACCCCCUUGCGGCUCCUCUUGUCGAUCGGACUGAUGGUCUAUUUUAUCGGGUACUCUGCCCUUGUCGGCCUCGCCGCCAUCCUGAUAUGUGUCCCAAUCACCUCGUGGCUGGGAAGCUGCAUCAACCGCCAGCAGCGCCGUGCGAUGGAGAAAACCGACAAACGAGUCACCGCCACGAACGAAGCGCUCCAGGGGAUCCGCAUCAUCAAGUAUUUUGCGUGGGAGCCGCACUUUAUCAAGCAGAUCAACGUCGACCGGACCGAAGAGCUCCAAUGCAGGCUUCACGUGCGGCUCUUGCACAUGGCCUUCAGCACCAUCUCUGAGAGCGGCGGCCUCUUUUGCGCCUUUGGAAGCUUCGUGACCUUUGUGUUGACCGGGAAUGUCCUCGACGCCGCCACGGCUUUUACGACCCUCAGCAUCUGUCAGCAGGUGACUUGGGCCCUGUCCCGACUUCCGAACGAGGUUAUGUGGAUUUUGCGCGCAAUGGUCUCGCUCGAGCGCAUCGAAAAGUUCCUCGGCGAGGAGGAGCUCCAGAAGUUUGCCGAGAAGGACAUCCCCAGCCGCUCCGAGAUGGACCACCGCUUCAAACCUAACGGAUUCGACCAAGCCACAUACAUCUACUACGGCAGCGGCGACUCGAGCGUCCGUUCGUCCAAGGCAUCGCUGCAGCUAUCCUCUAGCAUCGUCCAGCUCGAGAACCCGGGACAGGAAGAGUCCUCGGCCUUUACCUUGAACAAUCUGAACCUCGACAUUCCGCUGGGCAAGCUCACGGUUGUUUGCGGCCCGACCGGAGCUGGCAAGAGCUCGCUCAUCCUGGCGCUCGUUGGAGAAAUGCGCCGUAUCGGCGGCCACUGCUACUUCCCGUCGCGACCCAACCGCUCCUCUGGAUCCAUCGUUGCGGGCGAGGUCGCCUAUGUGGCCCAGACCGCCUGGCUCAUGAACGCCACCAUCCGAGACAACAUCCUCUUUGGCGAAGACUAUGACGAAGACCGCUACCACCGGGUUGUGUUUGCCUCGGCCCUCGUCCGCGACUUCCAGAACCUCGAAGGCGGAGAUCUCACCGAGAUUGGCGAGAAGGGUGUCAAUCUGUCGGGAGGGCAGAAGCAGCGCAUCUCUCUGGCCCGUGCGCUCUACUCGCGUGCUCCCUUCGUCCUGCUGGAUGACCCGCUUUCGGCAGUUGAUGCACCCACCGCCCGCCACCUUCUGCACCACGGGAUCCUCGGCUUCCUCAAGAAUCGCACCUGUGUUUUGGUCCCACCCGCCGUCGGCCUGGUUGCCCCACAUGCCAACCACAUUGUGGUCAUGCGCAACGGAGCCAUCGCCUGCCAGGGCACCGCGGCCGAGGUGCUCCGGAGCCCCGAGUCCGAAGGCAUCCUCGACGAUCAGAUUCUGGCUGUCCGGCCAAGCGAGGUCGAGAACGCCACAUCCUUGCAGGUGCCCAACCACGAAGAAAUCAAGAAGUUGCUCAGCGAGGCGAGAGGCAAGACGCUGGUGCAUGAAGAGGCCCGUGUCAAGGGUGCCGUCGAAUGGGCCGUCUAUUCGCGCUUCCUCAAGGCCUGUGGAGGCAUUUUCUUUGCCUUCUGCUUCGUAUUCUUGUUUGUGAUCAUGAUGUCGGCUGGAUUUGCAAACAGCUGGUGGCUCAAGAAAUGGACAGAUGCCAGCUCGGGCAACGGCAACUCGACUAUUUGCCCUGUGGCCAACGCUUCACUCAUCGCAGCUGGAGGUCCACUGGCGCAGCAUUCGACAUUCCCUUCCUUCCGUAUCGUCGCCCCGCCAAUGUUGGAUACAGACUAUGCACUGCCAACAACCCUUUGGAACUAUCUCGGCACGGUCUUACCCUCACCAUCGGCAACCACAGGAGCCGUUGGUUUGUCAGCAGCGGACAGCCACUCACCAUACUACUACGUUACUGUGUAUGCGCUCAUCGGGCUCUCAGUCAUCCUGUCGACAAACCUCCAUACAUUGGUGCAAGUCAUGGGCUCGUACUCGGCCUCCAAGGCUCUGCACGCACAGCUCCUCAAGGCUGUGCUCGGCGCACCGCUUCGCUUCUUUGAGAUUACUCCGCUGGGUCGCAUCUUGAACCGAUUCUCGAAGGACAUGGGUCACGUCGAUGACGAAGUGAUGUGGUCGGUUGGGUUCUUCUCGACAUGGCUGUUCCGCGGUGCCUCAGUGCUGAUCAUUGUGGCCUACAUCACGCCUCCGUUCAUACUGCUGAUCGUGCCGGUUGCACUGAUCUAUAUGUAUGUCGCCAAGCUGUACCUGACCUGCUCCCGCGAGCUCAAGCGCCUCGAGAGCGUUUCGCGCAGCCCCAUAUACUCUCAGUUCUCGGAGACGAUUGCCGGAACAUCCACCAUCCGCGCUUACGGAGCCGAGUCUCGGCUCCUUCUCGAGAGCUCCGAGCGCGUCGACGAGAAUCAUCGCUCCUUCUUCUACAUGUGGGCAGCCAACCGCUGGCUCUGCAUGCGAACGGAUAUCAUAGCAGCCCUGGUCGUGUUCUGCGCUGGCGCUGCCGUCGUCAGCGGCCAAGUCAGUGCCGGAUGGGCUGGCGUCAGUCUGACAUAUGCCAUGUCACUCACCAGCAGCCUUCUUUGGAUGAUAUGGGGGCAUGCGGAUAUGGUUAUGAACCUGACCAGUGUCGAGCGAAUCGACGAGUACGUGAACAUUCAGCCCGAGGCAGAUGAGUCUGCAGUGACUGUCAAGGCUCCUGUCGGGUGGCCAUCGGCCGGCCGGAUCGAUGUCAGCCACCUGUUCAUGCGAUAUGCCGCCGACCAGCCCAACGUCCUGAAGGACAUGUCGUUCUCAGUCAAGGCCGGCGAGCGCAUUGGUGUCGUUGGCCGCACCGGCGCCGGGAAGUCGACACUCUCGCUCGCCUUCUUCCGCAUCCUGCCCAUCCACCAGGGCCGCAUCAUCAUCGACGACAUCGACAUCAGCCAGAUCAGCCUGCAUGACCUGCGCUCAAACAUCACAAUAAUACCGCAGGACCCCGUGCUGUUUUCGGGCACGAUCCGGUCGAACUUGGACGCUCUCGGCGAGCACGACGACGCCGAUCUGUGGCAAGUGCUCAAGCGAGUGCAUUUCCUGGAUACGCUGCAAGAGUUCAAGAAAAGGUCCCCGCGCACGUCGUUCGGGACUGUCGUCGUCGAGGACGCCAUGGACACCAUCUCGCCCAUGGGUGGAUCGGCAGUCCUGUCCCAGGAGAGCGAGACCAAGUCGUUCACCCUUGAGUCGCCCGUCGGCGAAAACGGCCAGAACUACUCGCACGGCCAGAGGCAGCUGCUGUGUCUGGCACGGGCACUGCUCAGAAACUCAAAGAUCAUCUUCCUGGACGAGGCCACUGCCAGCGUCGACAACGAUACGGACGCUCGCAUCCAAGUCACGAUCCGAGAGGAGCUCGCCGGAGCAACGGUCCUCUGCAUCGCCCACCGGCUGAGAACGAUCGUCGAUUACGACCGGGUUAUGGUCCUGGACAAGGGCACGAUCGUCGAAUACGACACCCCGCUCAACCUGAUGCAGCGAAAGGACGGCGCCUUCCACAGGAUGUGUCAGGACUCGAACGAAUUCGAGGAGCUCGAGCAGAUUGCAACGGCAGCUUCCCGAUCGAGAAGCCAGAAGUAGCGGUGGACCCAGCGGACCCUAGUUUGCUUGUUCGGGGGGGAGGCUGGCAGUGCUUGCCAGCCAGCUCGGCGGCAUUCUGGUUGAUUUGGUCGGCUGCCACCGGCACAUUUGAAGGCGGUCUGGCAUCGGAGGGCAAUUGCGAUGUGAGCGGCUGCUCCUCGCUCGGACUCUCUGUUGAUGAGUGUAGCGGCUUGUGCGGGCGGCGUGGGAUGUCGUUCGAUUGUCCAUGAAGCAGCUGUAUGACUCAGGAUGGAAAUACACUUGCACUGGCGUCGCGAUUGCCAACAUG